UUUGGGGAAGAGACUAACUGGCCUAAGUUGAACGAGGAGUCGAGGAGCUAACAUUGAUAAAAACGUUCUGAGUUCUUGUUUGACGACGCACAAGAGUGCUGCUCUGUUGGGAAGAUAUUUGUAUUAUGGCGAAACAUCAUCCAGAUUUGAUUUUUUGUCGUAAGCAGCCAGGUGUUGCUAUUGGAAGACUCUGUGAAAAAUGUGAUGGUAAAUGUGUCAUUUGUGAUUCUUAUGUCCGUCCUUGCACAUUGGUUAGAAUUUGUGAUGAGUGCAAUUAUGGUUCUUAUCAAGGAAGAUGUGUCAUCUGUGGUGGUCCUGGUGUGUCAGAUGCCUACUAUUGCAAGGAAUGCACUGUUCAGGAAAAGGAUAGAGAUGGAUGCCCAAAAAUUGUCAACCUUGGAAGUUCAAAAACAGACUUAUUCUAUGAAAGGAAAAAAUAUGGCUUCAAGAAAAGGUAAUGCCGGGUUGAAGGAUGUUUGCACCUUCAUGUGGCAAUAAGAAAAGGAAAGGGGAACAGAAACAGUCGUUAAUAGACAGAAAGAUGGGUCAUCUGGUUGUAUUACAACUAUGGAACAUUGUGAAGAUAAACAUUUGCAUUUUUUUAUUUCAAGCAAAGUCUGUAAAUUCUAUCACACUAUCUCUAGAACUGUUUUAAUUUCUCAAAAACCGUAUGUAGCAA